UACGCAAAUAAGGAAAAAAGAAAAACAAAACACAUUCUCGAGUGACGGAUGUCCUCUCUCUCACUGUGAGAAGCUUGUACCCCACAAUAUCCUCAACUCUUCUCUUUCCCUCCUUUUUGAUUUUACCACUCAUAUUCCCCUAAUUCUCUACAAUCCCCCGUUACAUCUUCUUCGAUUUCCUCUAAACCCUAACCCUAAUUGUUGACAAUCAUCUUCAUUACUAAGAAAACCCUUUGAAACGAGGUUUAGUUGUUCUAGGGUUUCGUUGCUAAUGGCGCCUCCGAUGAAAUCGAGCAAGCAGGGAGGCCCGGAAGAUUCCGAGACCCCCUCGAAUAACCUUUGGGUUGGGAACUUGGCUAGCGAUGUCGCUGAUUCCGAUCUCAUGGACCUUUUCGCUCAGUACGGUGCGCUCGACAGUGUCACAUCAUACUCGUCCCGGAGCUAUGCAUUUCUGUUUUUUAAGCGUAUGGAGGACGCUAAGGCCGCCAAGGACGCUUUGCAAGGGACACUUCUUCGUGGCAACCCCAUUAAGAUCGAGUUCGCGCGACCGGCAAAACCUUGUAAGCAUCUAUGGGUGGGUGGAAUUAGCCCUUCUGUUUCCAAGGAAGAACUAGAAGAAGAGUUUCUUAAGUUUGGGAAAAUUGAGGACUUCAAGUUUCUUAGAGAUCGAAAUACUGCUUUUAUUGAAUUUUUCAGACUCGAAGAUGCUUCCCAAGCAAUGAGAAACAUGAAUGGUAAGCGUCUGGGAGGUGAGCAGAUACGUGUGGAUUUUCUUCGGUCGCAACCUUCAAGAAGGGAACAGUGGCCAGAUUCCAGAGAUGGACAAUUUCAGGGCAGGAGCAUGGGUCCGGCUGAUUUUCAUUCUUUUCAUAAAAGACAACUGUAUUCUCAAGCUCCAGGGGGACGGAAAGGAGAUGGCCAACCAAGUAAUGUUUUGUGGAUAGGUUACCCUCCUUCUCUUCAGAUUGAUGAGCAAAUGCUGCAUAAUGCAAUGAUUUUGUUUGGUGAGAUUGAGAGGAUUAAAAGUUUCCCCGAGAGGCAUUACUCUUUUGUGGAAUUCAGAAGUGUUGAUGAAGCUCGGCGUGCCAAGGAGGGCUUGCAAGGUAAACUCUUCAAUGAUCCUCGAAUUAGCAUUAUGUUCUCAAGUAGCGGGUUGGCACCGGCAGGUAAAGGGCCUGGGCCAGAUAUGGUGUUCAACGACCCUUUUCGACCUUUGCAGAUGGAUAUGUAUGGUCCAAAUCAUCCGAUGAUGUCAAAUAAUUUUCCUGGACCACUACCAAGUGGUGGAAUUCUUGGGCCUAAUAUGGCCAUGAGGCCUUUGGGUCAUCAAGGAAGAUUUGAACCUCUGCUUUCAGGCCCAAAGAUUAAUGAUUUGGCAAAUCUUCCUAAUUAUCAGGAUGGCAAUUCCAAAAAUUUGAUGAGUUCAAGCUGGGGAAGGCCAUCUCCUCCUGCGGCUGGUGUGCUGUCUUCUCCUGUGUCAAGCAUUCGUGGAAACACAAGAUCUGCAUCUGGUGCAUGGGAUGUGUUGGAUGUUAACCAUUUUCAGAGGGAUUCUAAACGGUCUAGGAUAGAUGGCCCAAUGUCUAUUGAAGAUACUUCUUUUCCAUUAAGAAAACUUGAUGACCAUGGGCUGGGGUUGGAUCAAUCUUAUGCAGUUGAUGGAGGUGCUUCUGGCCCAUUUGGAAAUGUUCAAGGGAAGGGUCGCCUUAGUCCAGUUGGUACAAGGGUUUCAACUGGAGGAGCAGCUCAAGGUCAUUCUGAUAGUGAUUAUGUCUGGCGUGGGAUGAUUGCCAAGGGUGGGACUCCUGUUUGUCAUGCUCGUUGUGUCCCAAUUGGAAAAGGAAUAGGAUCUGAGCUUCCUGAAGUAGUCAAUUGCUCUGCUAGAACAGGAUUGGAUAUGUUAACUAAACACUAUGCUGAAGCAAUUGGAUUUGAAAUUGUGUUCUUCUUGCCUGAUAGUGAGGAAGAUUUUGCUUCCUACACUGAAUUUCUUCGUUAUUUAGGUGCCAAAAAUAGGGCUGGUGUUGCCAAGUUUGAUGAUGGGACCACCUUAUUUUUAGUACCCCCUUCAGAAUUUUUAACAAAGGUUUUGAAAGUUGUUGGUCCUGAACGCCUAUAUGGUGUUGUUCUCAAAUUUCCACAAGUUUCUAGUAGCACCUUGGGGCAGCAACAGGCACUUCUGCCUAUUCCUUCACAGUAUAAUGAUAGACAUCAGAUUCCUUCUCAAAUGGAGUAUGGUGGUGUUGCAUCAAAGGAGGAACGAGUUAUGCAAAUGGAUUAUGGAAGGGUUUUGCACGAGGAAUCUAAGCCUCCUAUAAAACAAUUUUUUCCACCUACAAGUGAGUCACCUGGAGUGCAAUCAGUAUCACAAGAUUAUGCAUCUAAUAAUGCUGGAGCACUGUCACAAGCUGGAGUUGCAUUGACACCUGAGCUGAUUGCGACCCUAGCAUCUUUAAUUCCUGCAAAUGCUCAGUCUUCUGCUCCAGAGAAUGCAAAACCAUUGGGCACAACAAUUCAGCCUUCACUUCCUCCUGUUGCACCGAAUAAAUUAAUUCCUCCUGGAUGGAAACAAGAUCAUCACCAAACUUAUGACCAUACAGGGCAUGGAUUACAACAAUUGGGGAAUCAAUUUAAUCCUCAUGGCCAGAACCUCGCGCAACUGCAGUCUUAUCCAACUGUCUCACAUACACAUAGCCACUCUGCACAACUACACCUUGGAAGCACUCAGUUCCAAGACUCUAGUGUAAGUCAGUCGCUGCAGUCUAGGCCUAUGAGUAACUUUUCAGUACCUGCUCAAGGCGGACAAACCGUUGCAUCCCCACAUGUCACCCAAUAUCAGGCACAUGGAACAGAUGCUUCUGGGUUGUACCAUCCUACUGUUGCUCAGCAACUUACCAAUCCUGUGACUUUUUCUAUUCAGUCUUACAGUGCUAAUUCUGUGCAAUCACAAAGUGUAGCGCCGUUAGCUUCUGACAUGGUGAAUGCAGAAGUUUCAAAUCAGGUGCAGCAGCUGCAAUCUGCAAUCCUUGGAGCUGGCCAGGGAACAUCAGAGGGUGAGGUUGAUAAGAACCAGCGUUAUCAAUCAACACUGCAAUUUGCAGCAAACCUGCUUCUUCAAAUUCAGCAGCGGCAGCAGCAUGUUGGUGCUCAACCAGGGCGGGGUUCUGGAAGUCAGCAAUGAAAUAGCUGCAUCUAGGUAACUUCUCCUACAAUAACUUCCAUUCAUGGGUUUUCUUUUGGGGAAGAUAUAUCUUUCAUAUUCAUUGCAAGUUGACUAAGUUAAAAUUGACUGCUUUUACUUGUUAUGGUGAUUUUUUUUUUGUUCUUUAAUUUCUUUUCCGUCAGACUUAGGCCUAGCUUAGAAUUUUAGAUGGGAAAGUUGGAAUUUUGGAUAUUCCUGGCUGUAUAGCUUGCUGUGAGAAUUGUGUUUAGUGCUGUGUCAGACUUUAUAUUAUGCUUUGAACACUAGAGUUUUGGGAAGAGUUUUCUUGUGUAUGUCUGGACAGUUACAACUUACAUGUAUUAGCAUAGGACAAAAUAUUGAGAAUCGGUAUUCUUUUGGGCAAGAAUAAUGUGCCAUUAAAGUUUUUGCAGUGAGAUGAUAUUUAUUCAAGUUGAUUGUGGUGAGAAGAAUCCAAAUUUUUGGGCAUUGAAGAGUAUUACUCUCUGUAAUGGGCUUUAGAAUACAUCUUGCUUUGUUGUAAAGAUGAUAGCUUCAAUCUUCCGCUAUGAAUCUGUUUCUGUUUCUGUU